UCGUUCGCAACUUUGCUCAUUUCAAGAUUUCAGUCCAAACCAUUGUGUGAGAGGCGUAUCGACAGGAGCUGGCGUGGAUAAGCAACAGCUCCAGUGGGGAAAAGUUAACAAGUUAAGUGCAUACACAAGUCUACUACUCGACCCGAGAAAAAAGUCCAACAACCGACAUGGAAUAGUCAUCAAGUGAAACAAUUCUCCCUCCAAGUUUGGCAUUGAUUCGUGUCAUUUUUAGAUAAAAAAAUUCAAUUGAAAUUCCGAGUUGAAUAAUCCACCUGCUCGAAAUUCCAAUAAACUCUUUAUACGCAUCAAUAGUACGGAGUAAGUAGCAGGCUUAUCUCACAAGGCAAAGUUUUGUCGUCAGUGUUCCGCCUUUCCACCACAACACACGAGUCUUUGUGUUUGGUUAAGGUGCAUACAUUUCAAUUGGAAGUACGAAACUAUGACAAGUUAUACGUUCGUUUCUUGGAACGAGUGAAAGUCAAAGUGGAUAAAAAACCUUCUUUUUGGUGUCUUUCUACCAAAGGAGACUUCAUUCAAGAGCGAGUAAAGUACAGCACGGCAACAAAAGAAGUACAGCAUUGUUUCCACAUUGUAACGUGAGGAGAUUUUUUCUUAAACCAGUUCAUCCUCAAUCCUUCCUUCUCCUUUACGAGCUUAGAAUUCAGCUUGAUGGUUAGAAUGCUCUUUGACAUGGACGGCCUUAUUCGUAACUUUAAACUUGCAAGUCGUGUAGCAUAUCGGGGAGCCGAAAUCACGCAUUGGAAUGUUUUUUUGCAUAAGCAUACGACGAUCGGAGAUAUGAGAUACGAAUCGGAUCAAGGUUUACAAGUCACGAGGGACUUGAACGAUGCGACUGAAAACUGUUGGCGUGUCGUAUAAAUAUACGUAUAAGGCGGUUCAAGUCACUUGUUUAUUUGAUAAAGUCAGUCAUUUCACAGAAAACUGUUGUUGUACUUCAGUUAUUUAAUACUGCAAACAAAUCCUUCAAUCAACAAACAGAAGUCGCAUUCGUAUUAAAUAAAAUAAAUAUUAGAGUUUAACAAGGCUUGUUGAUUGUAGGAUUAUUAAUUCUCAGUUUGCCCCUGGACAACCAGACAAUUGACGUGCAGUCAGUAUAUAUUUAGAUCCACGCACCAGACAGGAUUGAUCAACGAGAAUGGUCACGUUGUUUACGGUGUGUCAUUGUCUUGGGGAGAAUCUUCGGAGACAAAGUGAUGGUUCGGGUUAAAAAAAGCUCUAAGAAGGGCAGUAAGCAUUGACUGCUGAUGGCUCGCAUAGAUUCUCCUCUGCUGCUGCUCCCAAACUGGUUGUUAUGAAUAUGGUGGGAUGACUUAUCUAAUGCCACACUUUUUUUCAAGCUGAGCAAAUGUGGCUUUCGAGAUAUAACCGACACUGACGAAAUGCAAUUUUUUACAGCAAAAUCCCAGUUCGCCCUAUACAAACUCGAAUAGCAUAGCACAGCAUAACUUGGCUAAUCCUGCUGUUGUACUAACCUCACCAAACUCUAAAGUAAGACGGAGAACACACACCAACCACCAAGUCGACACGAAAGGGAAAGUCGUCGUCUCAUCUGCAGUGUGAAGCAAUUGACUUUCUCAUGAUAACCAAGUCGUCCAUCGAUCACACAGAGAAAGACUUACAAUUCAGUUAUAGGUGUGUGUUCCUGGUGGUGAAUGAAGGACUUAAUCUCCUUGUUUUGUGCGUGGGUCGUGCGGAAGUUGGAAUUUGAAAACAGUUUGGUUGGUCGGCUAGUUGUCGAGGGAUUUCAGUAUUCACGGCCGAAUAAAGUAAAGUAAAAACCCGGUGGAUUGGAUAUGGUCGUAUUCGCAAACAGUGGUCAGAGAUUACAUUUCAUCUCACGUCCGGUUAAAUCCUCAAGGAAAAUAGAGAAUUGGGGUGGGAUGAAAGUCUUCUUCUUCUGCUCUGUCACACACUACGGAGUUAGGCAACCGAUCUUAAACUGCUCUAAUGAACUCCUCCGUCUUUUCCACUUCUCUUCAUUAAUCACACCGACGAGGCCAAGAUCAGGUCUCACGACUGCUACCUUUCUCUCACAACAAACCAAACCACGGGCUGACUUUAUGUUGAGACGAAACGGCCCUACGUAUGGGUAGCACGUCAUUAUAAUGACCAGCCGGGUGGGUUGGCUCAUCAGUGCUAAGGAAGCAAUGCACUCGGUUGCAUAUGGGUUCAUAUCAGACAGGAAUUAUCUGUUAAGGACCACUUACUCACGUUUCGGCACUUUCGUUCGGCACUGUUUUUAUUAGUUGCACUACCACCGGUCAGCCAACUAGCUACACACUUCUUAGAAGAGCAAAAGCAUGCAUUAUUUGAGUCAAUAAGUAGUUAAUGAAGUUCGUUUUAUGUUUCCUUCAACAGAGAGAAUAAUAAAUAAACAAGAGGAGAACAAAUGGGACUAGUACUCCACUUCACCACUUUGGAUAAAUAAACAGCAUGAUGAGGAUACUUAACACCGCGACAAAAACUAAUCAGGGGAAUGACUUCGCUUUUGUCUUGUGAUCUUUCCAGUGAUUCUCUUCCUCUGCCUUCCAUCCGUCUGCAUGUGUUUAUUCACUAUCUCGUAAAUGAGACUGGGUGAGUGAGUAAGUGCAGACGAACGAGUGAUGACUUUAGUGUAAUGGUAGCUCUCUUCUUCUUCCCUCUGCAUAUUUACAUGUGUAACAACAAUUCGACAUUUGCUGAUUAAAUGCAUACAUACACAGGAUCAUGCAGUAAAUACUUGGUUGCAGCCACAUCAGUUUCGCCUAUGCAUAUCGCAACCUAAACAAACAAAGAGUUCAGUUUUUGCAUACUUUCGAACGACUCCUACAUAAAUACACUCCGAGUGCAUUACGGAGUAUAACAGAAUUGGCGAAAGCUUCCCAACUUCUCGUCCUUAUGCACAUCCUCGUCCUCACGCAGAGUUUUGUAAUUAUUUCAGUGCAAACCACCAAAAGGACAUCAGAACAAAGUGUUCACGGGAAAUAUACCUAUCGAGCUGGAAACAUAAAGCAAACAAUUUUAGUUGGAUGCGUAUGUAUGUAUUAGAUUGAAAAAUAAAUCAAUUUUGGAGUAAGCAAGAAGAUAAAACCACAGUAAUUUCGGGAUGUUUGUGGAGAAAUUUCAAUCCCGCUUCCUGCUCUGGUGCCGAUUUAAAUCUGGAAGUUGCACAUGAUUGAAAUAAUUUACUUUUUUGUUCUCCCUGAUUAUUUCAUCUCUUCUUCCUCCCUUCGUGCAGGAAACCACUAGAGUGGGAGGGAGUCGGAUGGUGAGAAGUUGUCUAAAAAAAGUGAACAUACGUACAUGAGGACGAUGCGUGGAUAAAACAAUUUUCCCCUGAUUGAAGGAAAGCGGAGAGUAAUGAGUAGCAACGAAGCGAUGAUAAAUGAUCCCAGUUAACGCACAUGAUCCAGCCCCGUGGAAAAGCAGUUAGCGGUGGUGGUGGUGGUGGUGGUGGUGCAGGCGGAGAGAGAACCUAGCUUUCUCUUCCUCCAUCCAGCCAAGUGAGCACCCGUCCGUCGGUGAGUUUAAGCGUGUGGCGAGGGUGAAAGUUGGCCAUACCAGUUGUGGAAGUGACACUGGAACUAUGGAUUACUCUGAGAUUUCAUCUACACUCCACUGACUUGGUUUAAUUGAACACCAAUCCAACCCGCUCUCGCUUUCUCUCUCAACCAACUUGACACUCUUAACACUCUCCUCCAAAUUACUGUGCUUUGCACAAGGGCGAUUAUUACGGAUACUAAAUAAGCCAUAUCCAACCAUCCCUCUUCCUGCCUACCUCAACAAUUAUUUGUGACACUUUCAUCGCUAUCAAUCAAUCUUGGCGGCUGCGGCGGAGGUGUGUGACAUUGCUUUGAGCACGAUUUAACUCUGUAAUAUUUACCUACCUAUUUUGUGGAGGUGAAUUUAGUCGUAAAAGCUCUAUGACAAUUUCCCUGAAACGUAAACUAAUGCCUGUGCAAAAAGUUCGUUGUACUUCUGAGAAGCGAAAAGGGCAGGCUCUCAAGUGACUCGAGUUCAGCUUAAAAAUUGAAUCUUCGUCGAUUAGCGAUAAGUGUAAAGAAUCCGACCAAGAGGAAAAUCUUCACGGAUCUCGAAUUGGAGUCAACAGAAAUAGAUUGUCGAGAGUAUAAGAAAAGGCGAGUGGGAAAGAAUAUCUGCUCUGCUUCGUAUAGGACUUAGUUGUAUGUUAGCUGCUAGUUUGGAUGUUGAAUUGGUUUGUCGGACCAACUUGGCACAAGAAUUGGAUUGCAAGAGUCACAACUCAAAUGCACAUAAAUCAGGGGGAUUCUCAAGAUUACCGAUUUGGCUGAGGAAAACACAUAGGACACUGAGUAAAAUUCAAUUAGAGCUCAACUGAACUAUCGCCAUUAUCAUUCCGAAGAAGUUCCUUUCUCUGAUACGACCAACAUUGCGGCAGUAGAAGAAGAAGGACGACCAAGAGUUAGUCUCAGUUUGAGUGAAGUGUGUGAGGAAAGUGCAUAUUUUUUAGUCAACCGACCGAGAGGAGGGUGUUGAAGUGGGGCUGUCAAAAGGAAACAAGCCUCAUCAAAGGAGCGGACAAAAAAAAGUUAUGCACGAAAAUUCCCAAAAUGCCUCAGAAACUAUAAAUAUUCAACUUUUCUCGUGUGGAACCAAGCACGUUUAACGAACUGGUUAUUUUGUUGUAAAUUAAUUACAAUAACAACAAGAAGGAACUGUAUAUACUCCAAACAGGAGGUGACUUUGUAAAUUUCGCCGAGUUUGUGACCUCAAUUAGCUCUGAUUGUAACCGAAUAAAGGUGCUCGAUACAAGGGCAGGGACAAGAUUUGGUUAAAGUCAAAUCAAAAUAAAGGGUCAACCUCAAAACCUGGUCCUCAUUUCUCUCUCUCAAGCUGCUCACCUAGCUACAUAUUUGUCCUGAUACUACCAAGAUCAGAGGAACAAAUGAAAUUUCGACAACCCUGUUUGUAACCCAGGAGGAAGCGGAAGAAAGAAAACUUGUCCAUCUUAUUUGUCUCAUACAAACAAACUAAGUCGUUGUUUUCUGUGGGAAUUUACACGAACUGCUCGAGUAACCCCUUUGUAGUCAAUUGAGCAGAGAUGAUGAUAAUAUCAUUUGCCCACUGAACUGUACAUGUACGACCAUCAGGAUGAUCACUUUCUCCUCAAGUCUACACUAACCUUGGCAAUUCUCCUUUAAAACUUUUAGUACAAAGACAUCAAGAACAACUAGACGAAAAUGGAAGACUUUCACAACGCCAAUUUGAGCUUCUUCCCAGAAGAUCUUGCCAAUGACUCGUCCUUUGAAAAUUUCACGGACUUUCUCAACGGGGGGAAAGUCGUGAGAAUGGAUGGAGGGUCAAAACCGCCAAAUGGUCAGAUGCUUCCAUACAAAUAUGAGUUGGAUAUGUCCACUCAAAUCGGUCUCUACUCUGCCAUAUUCCUCCUCGCCGUCGUUGGAAACUCUCUGGUCAUCCUCACUCUGGUCCAAAACCAAGGGAUGCGAACAAUUACGAAUCUAUUCCUGUUGAACCUGGCAAUUGCUGAUCUGCUCGUGGGCGUCUUCUGCAUGCCCUUCACACUGGUUGGUAUCGUUCUCAAGGAUUUCGUCUUUGGCUCCUUUCUUUGCAAACUCAUCCCGUAUCUUCAAGCCGUCUCCGUGGCCGUGAGCGCUUGGACUUUGGUGGCCAUAUCUGUGGAACGCUACUACGCCAUUUGCCAUCCUCUGACGUCCCGAAGGUGGCAAACUCUGUCUCAUGCUUACAAAAUCAUCGCCAUCGUGUGGACUGCCAGUUUGAUUUGCAUGUCACCCAUCGCAUUCGUGAGUCUCCUUCAGCCAAUUCGGAAAACUGGGAGACACAAAUGUCGAGAAGAGUGGCCGACGGAGGCAUUGGAGAAAACUUACACCGUCUUCUUGGACAUCAUCCUCCUCGUGUUGCCCCUUCUCAUCAUGGCUGUCAAGUACGGCUGUAUCAUCAAUCUCUUUCUACACAAGGGUGGACACGACGUAGUAUUACAGGAACAAUCCUCCAUGUUGGCGACGAGUGGCGGGGACGAGUCCUUGACUCCAGCCGCCUCGCCACGACUUAACGUCACAAACAAUACUAACAACACACAUUCCAAACCAAACUCGAACAGUAUUUUCACGGCCUCCUUCCGUCGCCACGACUCAUGCUCUCGUCAAAACAACAGUGAUGGAAGUAAUGGAGGUGGUGGUGGUGGUGGGAAGGAGAACAAGAAGAAAAACCCUCGAAUGUCCCCCUUGGCCAUCAUGGUACCCACGACGAAUGCCGUAAACUCUGGUGAAAGCGGAUAUCAGGAGACAUCGAUGAGAGACAGCAACUCGUCUCCCAUUUCACCCGCUCCUCCUGGCGUCGUCGGGAUUCCCAAAGGCCAGCAGAUGAAUAAUCACCUUUAUCGCCAAAGUUCAGCCUAUGGACAUACUUCCUCCGUGGCUGUGCAGACGUCCAAUCCCGCCGGAGUUCUUCGCAGGUGCAACCAAGCAAAGAGCUUAAAGCGGAAGAAAAGAGUGAUUAAAAUGCUCGGAUUCAUCGUUCUGGAAUUUUUCUGCUGCUGGGCUCCACUCUACGUCAUGAACACGUGGUACUUGUUCAGUCCAACCGAGCUUUACGAUAUGAUAGGACACGUGGGAGUUAGUCUGAUUCAACUGCUUGCAUACAUUUCUUGUUGCUGCAACCCCAUCACGUUGUGCGUCAUGUCGCGCGGAUUCAGAAUAGCGUUUUGUCACGUCUUUGGCUGUCAUUGCGACUCGAAUCGACACUCGGCUUCACACUCUCAGCGCAACGACUCGGUGCGACUGACUCGAAACCGCUCCCUGUACACACCCACCUUCAACAAGACCACGGAUCACGUCUGAAUUUCGUGCUGGCGGAGAAAAAUAUGUUUCUGAAGAUGUUCUCACAUGAUUAUUACGUGAUUGUAUUUACUUGGUUUGAAAGAGCAAUUUGAUAUAAAUGCACAUACACAAUUGGAAUUUGACCAUGUACAUCAUUUUCCCUUAAUAAAAAAAAGUAAUUCGACUGCAACGUUCACACUGAACGGUGCUGUUGUGUGAGUUGGAAUGUAUUUUCUAGUAUUUUUGAAAAACUUGUACGGUUUACAUGUUGAUGUUACCCUGAACAAAUUGUUCACAUUUGUGGAUCUCAUCUAUGUACUGCUCCAAAAGAAAUUAUUAUGUAAAUGUUGAGGUCAGAUCUUUCCUCCUCCGUCCCCAAGCCUAUGAUAUGAUUGAUUGGUGCUGCUGUUGGUAGUAAAAUGUCAUUUUCUACAACAUAUAUAUCGAAUAAUGUGUAAUACAUUCUUAAUAUAUUUACCUGUUACUCAUUGUUUCAAACUUAUUCGAUGUUGUACUUGUACUUUGUCUCGUCUCGUAAAAUUUUAAUGAAUCUUUUCCUAGUUUAGAAAUCAAUUGUGAAAGUGAAUUCAAAAUACCUGACUAGACCCUCAUCAAGCAAGCGAUCAAAAAUGGCCACACCACUCUGAAUUCAAAUCUUCUAAUCGCAUUCAGUACCUUUUAAUUAAUUAAUCAUUAUACAUAAAAAAAUAGUUACAUAAAUAUGAAUGUUUUAAAAAAAAUGCACGCUUUAUAAUGCAGCGUGUCUUAAUAUGUAUGUAUCUCUCUGUUAUCUAUAUUGUGCUCACUCUGCAAAGUAUCAAACAAAAAAUAUGUGUAAAUCUUGAAUGUCUAGUAGUUAGCUUAUCUGUUUAUUAAAAUAGUAUAUAAAUUGUUGAUGAAGAGUAAACAUAUUUUUCUGUGUUCUUGUAUCGUACUUAAUUUUAUUAUUAAUAUCACGUCAGCAUGUUGUACUUCUUGGUAAUUACGAUAGUACUACAAGUCGUGCUUAGUAAACAAAUAUAUUCAUGUGAGAUAUCUUGUUAUUAAAUUCUCUAUUACUAUUUAAUUCAGCAAUUAUGUACGAAGAGUUUGGGGAGAUUAGAUUUUGCAUGCGUGUAAACGAAGCAAUGAACUUACGUACUUAUCGUUUGAUGAAUAUUACUGUACUAUUUUAUUUAUGUACUUGUUUACCUGAUCUAGUCAGAUAAUAUGUAUAUGCGAUGCGAGAGAUAAGUUAAGCGACGAUAAGCUACUACAUGGGAUACGAAUUAUUACCACUGUAAUAUAUGUAAACAAUAAUUAAAACCGGGAUUGUAGUAUUGUAUUUUAAAUGUGAAAAAUAAAUUUUGAAUUUUAC